GCUCUGAGAAGCGGCGGACUCCAGGAGGCACCAUGAACCUCCUGCCGUGUAACCCGCACGGCAACGGGCUGCUGUACGCCGGCUUCAACCAGGACCACGGAUGCUUUGCAUGUGGGAUGGAAAAUGGAUUUCGAGUCUAUAAUACCGAUCCACUCAAAGAAAAAGAGAAACAAGUGGUCUCCUCUCCUGAGGGUGAGGAGGAAAGUGCCCAGUGCAGCAGUCUGUCCUCCUGUCCUCCUCCUCGUCUCUAGUGUGACCGCCAGCCUCAGUGAGGACACUGGGAGGCGGGGCCGUCAGCCUCUUGGGGGUGAGCGCACUGCCGCCUGUCAGGAGCAGGAAGUUGAUAAUUUUUAGAAGGAGGAGUUGGCCAUGUGGAAAUGUUAUUUCGCUGCAACUACUUGGCUUUAGUUGGUGGUGGAAAAAAGCCGAAAUACCCUCCCAACAAAGUGAUGAUCUGGGACGAUCUCAAAAAGAAGACUGUCAUCGAGAUCGAGUUCUCCACGGAGGUCAAGGCAGUGAAGCUGCGGCGAGAUAGAAUUGUGGUUGUCCUGGACUCCAUGAUUAAAGUGUUCACAUUCACACACAACCCCCACCAGCUACAUGUCUUCGAGACCUGCUAUAACCCUAAAGGCCUCUGUGUCCUGUGUCCCAACAGUAACAACUCCCUGCUGGCCUUCCCGGGCACCCACACGGGCCACGUGCAGCUCGUGGACCUGGCCAGUACUGAGAAGCCCCCCGUGGACAUUCCCGCUCACGAGGGCAUCCUGAGCUGCAUCGCUCUCAACCUGCAGGGAACGAGAAUUGCCACCGCCUCGGAGAAGGGGACCCUUAUAAGAAUAUUUGAUACUUCAUCAGGGCAUUUAAUCCAGGAGCUCCGAAGAGGAUCUCAAGCCGCCUACAUCUACUGCAUCAACUUCAACCAGGACGCCUCCCUCAUCUGCGUGUCCAGUGACCACGGCACAGUGCACAUCUUUGCAGCCGAGGACCCGAAAAGGAAUAAGCAGUCCAGUUUGGCAUCAGCCAGCUUCCUUCCAAAAUACUUCAGUUCCAAGUGGAGUUUCUCCAAGUUCCAGGUCCCCUCGGGCUCUCCCUGCAUCUGUGCCUUUGGGACGGAGCCAAAUUCGGUCAUCGCCAUCUGUGCUGACGGCAGCUACUACAAGUUCCUGUUCAACCCCAAGGGCGAGUGCCUCCGGGACGUGUACGCACAGUUCCUGGAGAUGACCGACGACAAGCUGUGACCACGAGUGCCCCCCACUCAGCACCCCGAGGACACCUGGGGCUGGUGCCAGUGCCCCAGGGCCUUGGGGAGAAGGGGCUGGAAGGACUCUCAGGACUUGGGUCUCAGAGCCAUCCCGGGCUGUCUGCCUUCCUAAGAAAGGCUCCCGUUCCCAUAUUAGAGAGAAUAAUCAUCCAGGCACGACAGACACUCAGUAGCUCGGGAGCGUGUGCCCACUGCCGCCGCCACCUUUUAGUUCACCUGUGACGUUAGCGAUAGUGGCUCCACCCCUCACACCAGCAGAGGCUGCUCAGAACCUGGCCUUGCUGGGAGAAGACGCAGCAGAGUUUGUUCCUGCGACGGAUCCCAUGGUCUCCCUGAGCCUGCGGCGGGUCAAGUAGGUACCCUGCAGCACCCCAUGCACCCCCAGGUGAGAAGAGCAACCUGCGCCCAGGGACACCCUGUUGCCCAGCCCUGGUGGAGCCAUGAGGGUGCACGGAGGUCCUGUCCUCAGGUUCUGGGGGACACAGCCCGCUCUCCUGGGUACGUUUGGGUUCAGGCAGAGUCUGCCCACUACGUGUAGGGAACAAAGCAAUGCAUAGACUUUGAAGGUUAAAGAAGACACUGUCACUUAGGUUAAAGGACUUCUCCGUAGAGGGGGCCUGGCGUGCCCGUGGGCCCUGUGGUGUGGGGGAGAUGGCUCAGCCAUGCGUCCACCCUUCCUGUCCACCUCUCCGACAUCUGUAAGUAGCUGCACACUAACAUUUGGGAAUGAAAGGCACAUACCAUUCUUAAAGAUUUGGUAACUAAAAUAGAUUAUGGGCUUCAUGUUGUCCAUGCUCCUUGAGGUAUAUAUUUUAAUUUUCUUCAGUUCCCUUGAAAGAAGCUUAACGUAAUGGUUUUAAUUUCAGGCCGCAGACAUCUACAGCCUGCAUCACAGCAGGUCCUUGGUUCUGCCACUUCCUUGUCGUGUAGCCGACUAACUUCAUACAUGGGUUUUGAUGUCCAGGAUGCAUGUUGUUGCCUUUAUGUGUAUUUAAUCAUGAAAUUUAAUUUUACACUUGUACUGUUUCUUUUAAAUAAAAGUGACUAACUUUGUUGUAUUCUGUA